AUGCAUCACCAUAUCAAUCACGUGACUAAACCUCGACGUCCUAUUGGUACGUUUGAACAGAGGCGGGAAAAGGAAUUGGACGACAUUCUUGCAAAUUUAAACUUUACUGUGGCAAAGAUGGAAGAAGAAUCAGCACACGACUACACAACCCCCACUCCGUUCUCAUUGGUUGGAAAAAGCAAGUUUAAACCAAUCAGAUUCGGGCAGGUAAAUCGGAAAACCUCAUUGGACAACGGAUUUUCAAAUAAAAAUGGCAAGAAAGUUGAUGAACCAGAGAUUUCUGGCGAUAAAAAUGCUAAUGUGAAUGGUCGUGUAAAAAGUUUCCCACUUUUAAAAACUCAAAAGAAAAAUGAAAAUAUAAAAGAAGAAAUCUUAAACAUUAUACUAAACGACGAAAAUAAUAAAACUACCCACAUAAUACCAAAAGAACAAGAAAAAGAAGGUGUUGAAAAAGACCAAACCUUAGCCAAAGUACUAAACAAUGUGGAAACUAGUGAAAAGUGUGAAACUUUAGAUUUGAUACAAAAUGUUGAAGACGGUCACGGAAAAGACGGUGAAGCACCAAGCAAAAUACUUAAUGUUGAAAAUGAAAAUGAAAAUAAAAAUGAAAUGACAGGGUCACUGCCAAAAGAUGAACAAGGAAAUGGAAAAGAGCGAUUCCUGGACCAAAUACAAACGAAUGUAGGUGAAAUACCAAAAAAUGAACCAGGGAAUAGUGAGGUAGAAUUCCCAGGUUUGAUACAAAAUGAAGAAGAAAGUAUUGAAAAUGGGAAAAUCCAAGAAUCAAUACCAAAACAUGAAAUAGAAAGCAAUGAAUUGGGAGGAUCUACAGACAUGGUGGCUAAGAAUGAACAAUGUGAUAAAGAAAAGGAGUUUUUGACGGAGACAGGUUCACGUGGAAGUUCUGAAACUUCGUGCCCGUAUUCCUCCAUGUCAGGAGUUUAUGAGGUUGAGGAAGAAGAACGUCCGUAUACAGAUGAUGAUAUUGACGACAUAGAAACAAUAUAUAAGGCUCCACAGAGACACCAUGUGGUGAAAAGCACGAUGAGCAACGAAACGUUGUUUCUCGACGGUUUGGUGGAAAGUUCGUCGGAAGUUUUUGAAACAAAUGAAAAUAAUCGGUGUAUUGAUAAUGUAGCUGAAGGGAGUUUGAAACCAACUGAUGAUGAUUUUAUUCUUCCACCCCUUCCACCUCCACCAUCGGAUGCCUUCCUUAAUGCACAGUCUCCCACUCCUCCUACAAGACCAGUGUUGCCAUAUCAAAAUCCUCCGUUUAAAAAAUCAACGGAAAACAAUACAAAAACCUUGGAAUCUGAAAACACUGCAAAAACUACAACUUUUAACACUGCAAAAACUACAUUUGGCAACACUGAAAAAACUACGUUUGGCAACACUGCAGAAUCUACACCUGGCAACAAUGAAAAAACAACCGGCAACACUUCCACGCAUCCCGUUAACGGCCAACCAAUGAUGCGCACUCCAACCCCCCCUAAUGGUGGUUAUGUCACUUUACUACGAGAUACUCGACAAAUACUCAUCAAACCCACAAAUUCUAACGGAGGGAAAGUUGAGAAUUCCACGAAAGUAACGAUCCAUGGAACCCCCUUCCCUACCCCACCCGGUGCCUCAGUGGAGGUUACCCCGCAACACAACUUACCUGGUGGAGCAGUUUACCAAACGACAACCAAAGAAGGCGACCUGUACCACACGGACACCUACUACCCCGCUUCUAACCCCGGUGACCCCCAAGCUGUCGUACUUGAGCGCACAAAGACGACCACCCUUGUUAAAGCACCCCACCAUGAGGGUAUUGGGCCAACUACCGGGACAGGGGUGCCAGUCGCGUUGAAAUCGUCAGUUGAUGAUUCAAAGCAUUGGUAUAAGAGCAUGUUCAAACAAAUGCAUAAGAUUGAUGGGAAUGAAGCAGACACACCAGAAACAAAUGGCUCAAGUUCAAGGCCUAUGUCAGCAGAUAGCAGCAACGGUCGACACCACGUAUCCAUGGAGACGGAACGACCAACCAGGGUGGGAAAGAUAACGGAUUACAAACCCGCUGAACCAUACGUGGUUGAGAAUAAACCGAUCAGACUGAACUUAAACCACCACCAACCCCCGCCCCCACGUACAUACUCAGUACAGGGGAACCCCCCAUGUUUACGUCGCAGCUCGAGUCUGGAGGAUUUUUCCCAGCAAGAUUGGCAAGAAUAUUUUGACGAUAUUCUUAAACCGAAAUCGCCAAGUAAAAUAUGGGACAUGGAUGUGAAGAAGCAAAUGGAAACAACUGUGCAAACUUCAUCUACAAGUUACACCCCGCCUCAUUCGAAAAUGUCGGGUUACCAUAGCAACGUUACUAAACAACCAAUUACAACGCAGCAUAAGAAAGAAUCUACCACGGAUGCAGUGAAGCGUAACGUGAACCAACAACAACGAAAAUCACAAGGUGAUGGGAUUCGACAACCAGCAAAAGCAAAGUUUGAUUUUAAUUCAAGAACUGGAAAGGAGUUGUCGGUCAAGCGAGGACAAACGGUGAUUAUCACACGUCGUGUGGACGAUAAUUGGUACAUGACGGAGACACCGGAUGGCGUAAAGAGCGGAAUUAUCCCCGUGGAGUAUUUGAAGGUGAUCACAUCAUCCAGCCAACCUGACAAACCCACCCGGCACGGACAAGCCAAAGCAAAGUUCGAUUUCAACGGGAAAACUAAAAAUGAACUUUCCUUCAAGAAAGGAGAUGAUUUGGUUUUGUUGAAGCGUGUGGAUGAUAAUUGGUACAAAGGCAAGCUUGGUCCAAACACCGGUAUUCUCCCUGUAGGUUACGUGCAAGUAACGUUGGAACCUGAAACUAAACAAACCAAGAAAGAAACGAUUCCUAAACAACUUGAGGUUUCGCCGAGAUCAUCCCAUUCACAACAGUCGUCAACUAUUAGCCAGACUAGUUUGGACAGCAGUGAACCAGAUGAAACUGAGAAAAAGAAUCGGGCUGCUUUUCUCGCUCACUCCGUUGUCGGCCACACGCCGGCACUAGCGAGCAACCACCGUCACCGGGGGGAGUUCGACCUCACAGAGCUCGACCAAGUUAUCGACCAAUCAACCGCGACAGUCGCUCAGCCGAAACCAACCAACAUAGAGGUCCAUUACGAUUACCCAAAACCCAUAAAACCCCAGUCCCCUAAACCACCCCCAACCCAGCAAACCUUACCCCUACCUACCGUACCAUCUUACCCCUCUUCUACAAGCUCCCAGCCCUCCAGCCCGCGUGCCAUCUCGCCCCCAGCGCCCGACAUCGAUUACGGCCAAAUUAUCGGUCGUUACGUAGCUUUGUACGCUUACGAAUCGAGCAACGAGGACGAACUUGACCUCCGCCCUGGUGACGUCGUUAUCGUGGUCGAAAUUUGUGACGACGGCUGGUACGUGGGGACUUCGGAGCGGACCGGGGGGUUCGGGACUUUCCCCGGAAAUUACGUCACUGCUGCGCAAUAAUGGAAGAAAGCAGUGUUGCCGAGUAAAACUGCUGCUCUAGUGUUGCCAGCUAAAAACUGCUUCCAGUGUUUCCGAGUUGUUUUUAUCAAUCCAGUGUUGACCAAUUGACGGGAAUUUUCAGAACUUUUGUGACGUAAUUAUGUUGCUUGUGACGUAUGAAUAGAGGGAGGCGAAUCAAAAUCUAAUUAACAAUGACGUUUUUUGUGACGUCAUUAUGAUUUUAACAAUGCUUUUAUCACGCAGCCUUUAUUACGUCACAAACAUUCACCAUGCACGUCACAAUGUGUAAAUUUGCCACUGUAGGUCGCUGUGGAGCUAUCACCUGAUUGGUUGAAAUAAUUUUUUUUCGAAAAAACAUAAUUUUCUUCCUUCCCAUACCCGAUACAUUAUCCGCUUGAUAAUCGCGCUUAUUAAUCCACAAUCGCUACAACAAUUCACCUUGUUGCACUAGAAUUAUGGUUCAAAUAUGAAUUUUAUGCUUGUUGUUUAUAAUAAAGGUGUUUAUUACGUAAUAAUCAUGUUUUAAUAUGACGUCAUAGGCAACAUUAUAACAUCACAAUUAACAUUCUGCUUUUCUUCUGUUACGUCAUUUAGCGCAUUGUUAACAAUAAUCAUUGAUUGAUAUUUAUUAUUGUGACGUCAGAAUCUAAUUUUGUUUCAAGAUUUGGUGAAUACAGCUUGCUAUAAUG